GAGGGGUUUGCAGAAGGGAAAUGAAGACACAGCUGUUGACUCAGCUACAAGCCCUGGCGGGGCACAAAGAGGAGCAGAGCCAGCAGGACGAGAGGAGCAGAGCACCGUGGGACAGCCAGGGACAGCCAGGAGACCCCACAACUCAGCAUGAACCCGUUUCUAGGCACUGUCCUGCUGCUCCUGGUGCUGCCCGAUGCUGCCAGGGGACAGGAGAGCUGUGCUGCCCUGAGGCGGGGUGACAAGCACCACUGGUGCUGCAACAUCUUGGUGGAGCUGGAGCAGCGCAGUGAUGGGACCCUCAGCCCUGAUUUGCCCCGGCGCUGCCGGGAGCUGGGGCGCUCCAGGAGCCCCGCGUGUGCCUGCCUGCGGGAGCGCUGGCUCAGGCUGCUGCAGUCGGCAGGGCCGGGGCUACGCAGUGGGCUGGCUGGGUUGAAGGUGCUGCUCCUGAACGUCAGCAGGGCUGUCACCCAUGAUGUCCUCAUCACCUUUUCUCCCACAGAGGGCCCCAUGACGCUGAACAUGACAGAGAAGGGGAAGGCAGGCAAAAUCCAGCUUCCUAAGGAGAUAUUCCAGUCCCUGAGCAGCCAGACAGAGCGUGUGGUGGUGACAGUCCUCAACAUCCACCAGCUUGGCAUGUUCAAGGAGCUCAACCAGAGAGGGCAGGUCCUGGACAACACCGUGGUGGGCAUCACGGUGGGAGAGAUGAGCAUCUCCGGGCUGCAGGACCCUGUGCAGCUCACCUUUGCCCACAGGCAGCUGCCACACGGUGUUACUCCACAAUGUGUCUUCUGGGAUGUCAGCAAAGGGCAGGCAGGAGGCUGGAGCAGCAGCGGAUGUGUCACACAGCCUGAGGACAAGGGGACAAUCUGCUCCUGUGAUCAUCUCACCUUUUUCACCCUACUCCUGAACCCAGCUCUGGACAGGUCUACGGCACAAGCCUUGAUGGCCGUUGCCAGCACUGGCUGCGGGGUAGCCAUGGCUUUCUCCAUCUUCACCAUUGCCUUCUGCAUCUUCUUAAGGUGCAGGUUCAGAUCCGAGGAGACUCUCCGCAUCAACCUGGGCCUGCACAUGAACCUUGUGGGCAGCCUUUUCCUCCUCAACCUGGCCUUCCUGCUCAACAGUGGGCUCUCUGGUGGGACCCAACCAGCAACCUGCAAGGUGCUGGGGGGGGUCACCCACUACUGCCUGCUCUGCUGCUUCACCUGGAUGGCGUUGGAGGGCUGCCACCUCUACCUCCUCUUUGUCAAGGUCCUUGGCACCUACAUCCACCACUACCUGCUGAAGCUGUGCCUGGUGGGCUGGGGCUUCCCUGUACUUGUGGUGGGGGUGGCAGGAGUCAUUGGGAGCUAUGGAGAAUACUGCAUCCAGACCAUGGACCACCAAGUCAUAGUCCACCUGUGCUGGAUCACUUCCAAAUAUCUCCUGGUCCACUACAUCACCAACUGCGGAUACUUUGGCCUCAUCUUCCUCUUCAACAUGGCUGUCUUCGGGGUAGUGACUCAGAAGAUCUGCUGCCUGCAGGACACAGGGACAGUGCAAGGGGACCGCAACACCUGGAAGGUGGCCCUGGUGGCAAUGGGGCUCUUCUGCCUGCUGGGAGCCACCUGGGCCCUGGUGUUCCUCACCCAUGGCACCUCCUCUACGUUCAUGCUCUACCUCUUCACCAUCCUCAACUCUCUCCAAGGAAUUUUCAUAUUCAUCUGGCUGGUCAUUCUUUACUACCCGAAGACAAAGGAGACCACUGGCUCCCUCACCCACAUCAUCAAACACAACAAAACCACCACAGUCUCCCAGGACUAGCUGCUGGCUCAACCUCCCUCCCUGCCUGUGCAUGCACCUGCUGCAAGCAAGCUUUGAUCCUAAUGGAUGCAGCUCCCCCAUAGAGGACAAGACCUCAGUUUACUGUGCCUCAGUUUACCCUUCUGUGGGCAUGAUCCACCUUAGAAGGGCUCUUUGCUUCAGCCCUUUCUUUCUUAGUGGCCUGUCUUGGGCAAGGAGCUCUGGAGACACCCCUCUGCCAAAGUCCCUCUGGGCUGUAGCUCCUCCAUGAUCUUGAAGUGCUCGUGAUCUCAUUCCCCAGGGGCUCUUGCAAGGGUGAGGAGGGAGCCAUCAGCCAGGAUGGAGCCACCCCACUCUUCACUGGAGAUGGCCUUUGGUGCUGGACCAGCCCAGUGAUGGGUUUUCCUGCUGUUGGAGGUGGGAAGAUCAACUUGGUCCAGCCUAGACUCAGGAUGUUCAGCUCUGGGAACUGGCAAAAAAAGAGGAAUCCCGUGAACUUCUUUGCAAUAUGUCCUCUCUGAACGAAGCGGGGCCAAGCUCUUCAGGCAGGGACCUGCGGUAUGUUUCUCCUGCAAAACACCCUCUGAGACCAGCAAUGGUGGUUGUGGUGACACCCUGCUUCAGCCAAAUGGACACACACAGCUGCCUCACAGGGAAAACACUUAUCUUCUCCUUCUCUGUGUCUUAGUAUUAAAUCUCUGCCAGAUGUCUGAGCAUUA